GGAAGCGGCGUCCGGUGGGUUAAGCGUGGGGGCGUGGUGUAUCAUGGGAAAAAAGUUGUUUGUAAAUCAGUUCAAGCGUUGUAGAAGAGACGAACAAUGGAGACAAAACGAGAUCGGUUCGUAAUGUCGGGAGGGAGGAUGCCGACCUCUCCUGCUUCUGCCUCCAAGGGCUUCAGCUCGACUCCUGUGAAGUCUAGUCGAGGAAAAGACCUCCACAUAUCCAACGGCAUGGACGACGGCGUCCUAUCCGAGGACGACGACACUUUCUCCCUGCUUUCUCCAAUCUACCAUGACAGUUUUGACAGUGAUGAAGACCCGGAGCUCAGUCCAGCUCAGCAGACCUCACCACACAGGCAGAGCAAAACCUCAAGACUCAGCGUUUCACCGGACAGAUGUGAGCUACCAAGAACACCCUCAGAGCAGAUGUUGAGUGCAGCUGUGAAGCCUGCAAUCUCACCUACUCUCAGUGCAUGGGAAAUGUGGCUCGUGAACAAAGCCAAAGAGGACCGUUUCAAAUUGGAAAAGAAAUCAGAGGAGGAGCGCGUACUCAAGGAAAAAAAACAACAAGAAGAAAGAGAGAAGGAACAGAAGAAGAUUGUCAUGGACAAAAAGAUCCAAGAGUGGCUAAAGAUGAAAAGACAACAGGAGAAACAGGAACAACUUCUAAAACUGAGCAAAGAGGAAGCGAAGAUACAGAGGCAGCAGGAAAAACAGAAGGAGAUUGAACAGAAAGCUCAGCAGAAGUACAAAGACUGGCUGCAGAAGAAGAACCAAGAAAAAAUAGAAAAAGAAAAGAAGGACAAAGAGGAAGCAGCCCUGAAGGCAGAGCAGGAGAGAGAGCGCCACCAGAGGGCAGAGGAGAAGUUUAAGGAAUGGCUGGCAAGAGCCAAUGAAAAAAGCAGAGCAAAUCCCAAAUCACCUUGUUACCCAAAGAGUCCCUAUGACAAAUCCUACCCAUCACCCAGCUUCUACAACCCGAUCCCAUGGAAACCGAUUCCCGUCCCUCCUCCAGAAACAUCACCGAAUAAGACAACUGACAAGAAACAUCCAAAACAGAGAAAAAAACAACAAAGCUCCAGCACUGCUUUUAGACUGAGAAACACUGUGAAUGCUGCACGGUCGCUGCAGAGGAGAUGACACAAAAAAGGAAAGACUUGAUAGACUGUGAUACCGUAGCUUAGUAACGGCUCAAAUGUGAAUCCAUCCUGACUCAUCUACACCACCUCAGCUCCUGAACUCGGCUGAAUCACAGAAGCAUUCAUUUUUACAUUUGGUUUGUACACUGGAGCAACGAUGUUUUAGCUCAAUUUUGAUGUCUGAAUGUUUAGGUUUUAAAAUGUUUACAUGAUUGAUGUGUGUCUAAUUAGUUCUGAUCAUUUUGUUUCCAUAACAUAACAAUAUGUAGCAUAGAUGUUUUUUCAAGGCUAUACAUCUAAAAGGGUGGGUCCUUUAUUUUCUAUUAUGUAAAUUGAAUCAUUAUUAUUGUUAUAAAUACAGUAUAACCAGUUCUUUU